AUGCCGGUCAGGAGCUCCAAAUCCCCGCAGCGAGGUGCGCCGAGGAUCCGGCGCCGGGUCGCCGAGCUCCGGGAAGAGGACGUGAGUCUGAAGGGGGAGAAGGGCGAGGAGGAAGAGGAGGAAGAGGAGGAAGAGGAGGAGUUCCUGAGAGGGUUCUUCAGGACCGGCUCCGGACCGCCACCCGGACGGAUCUCCAGACCCACCGAAGGCUCCGACGAAGACUCCGAUGAAGACUCAGACGAAGGCUCCGACGAUGCCGUGAGAAAUUUUGGAAACGGGUGGAGAAGGUCAGAUGUUGACCCCGCAGACAUCGACCAAUCAGGGGGGUUCGACAGCAUCGGCGGUCUGGAGGAUCACAUCUCAGCCCUGAAGGAGAUGGUCUUGUUCCCAAUGCUCAACCCGGAAUUCUUUGUGAAGUUCAAGAUCCUGCCUCCCAGAGGGUGCCUGUUCUACGGACCUCCGGGAACGGGUAAGACGCUGCUCGCCCGUGCGCUGGCCAACGAGCUCAGCCGGUGCAGCAGGAAGGUGUCCUUCUUCAUGAGGAAGGGCGCCGACUGCCUCUGCAAGUGGGUGGGCGAGUCGGAGCAGCAGCUGCAGCUGCUGUUUGAGCAGGUGAGUCAAACCUCCCACCUGACCCACCGGAACCACCUGACCCACCGGACCCACCGGAGUGUGUGUGUGUGUGUGUGUGCAUGUCUUCAGGCCUACCAGCAGCGUCCGUCCAUCAUCUUCUUCGAUGAGAUCGACGGCCUGGCUCCGGAGCGAUCCAACAGACACGACCCGAUCCACAGCUCCAUCGUGACCACGCUGCUGGCUCUGAUGGACGGGCUGGACGGCCGAGGGGAGGUGGUCGUGAUCGGAGCGACGAACCGCCUGGACUCCAUCGACCCGGCGCUGCGGCGGCCCGGGCGCUUCGACCGGGAGUUCCUCUUCGGGCCGCCCGACAGAGAGUCCCGUAAAGAGAUUCUGAAGAUCUACACCGGGCUGUGGAGACCACGUCCAUCCGAAGAGCUCCUGGAGGAACUGGCCGGGAGAUGUGUCGGUUACUGCGGCGCCGACCUCCGGGGCCUGUGCACCGAGGCGGGGCUGUGCGCUCUGCGCCGCCGCUACCCGCAGAUCUACGCCACGACCCAGAAGCUCCGGCUGGACUGCUCCUCCAUCGUCGUCGGCCCUGGCGACUUCGCGGCGGCGAUGAAGAAGAUGCUGCCGGCCUCCGACCGCCGCGACCCCGGGCCCGCCGAAGCCCUGCACCCCGUGGUCCGCCCCCUGCUGGGCGGCGCCCUGCACCGCGCCCUGGAGGCUCUGCAGAGGCUGUUCCCGCACGCCGAGCAGGGGAGGAAGAGGAAGAGGGCGCCGGGUCGGACCUCUGGGACUCCUGACGGCGUCUUGAUGGACGGAGAGGACGAGGGCACGUCCAGCAUCUCCAGGAGCAGCAGCUUCUUUUCCAGCGGCGCGGCCAACCGGCCGACGUCCUGCCGUCCCCGGAUGCUCCUGGCCGGUCGCCCUGGUCACACCUCCCACCUGGCCCCAGCGCUCCUGCACGCUCUGGAGCGCUUCACGGUCCACAACCUGGACACGCCGGCGCUGUUCAGUGUCAGCAACACCUCCCCGGAGGAAGCCUGCCUCCAGGUGUUCCGCGCGGCCUGGCGGGCGCCUCCCAGCGUCCUCUACCUGCCCCACAUCCAGCAGUGGUGGGACUCCGUGGGUUCCUCGGUGAGGACCUCCUUCCUCGGCCUGCUGGGCAGCGUCCCCACCCUCUCCCCCGUCCUCCUCCUCGCCACCUGCAGCGUCCCCUACGACCAGCUGGACCCAGAGAUCCAGUCUCUGUUUCGGGAGGAGUGCGGGGAGGUUCACGCCGUCGGCGUUCCCACCCGGCAGGAGAGGGACGACUUCCUCCGGGACCUCAUCCUGAACCAGGCGGCCGAGGCUCCGCCCUCCACGAGAAGAGCCCAGACCCAGGGCAUGGAGGUCCUUCCCCUGGCUGCCCCCCGCCAGCUGACGGAGCAGGAACGCCUCCGUCUGGAGGAGCAGGAGGACAAAGUGCUGCAGGCUCUCCGCCUCUAUCUGCGCCACCUCACGGACCGCCUGGUUACGGACCGCCGCUUCCAGGUCUUCAAACGACCGGUCGACACCACGGAGGUCAUGGACUACCUGCAGGUCAUUCGCUCACCCAUGGACCUCUCCACGCUGCAGGCCAACGUCGACGCCAACCGCUACUCCACCUUGGCCGAGUUUGUGUUGGACGCAGACCUCAUCUGGAGGAACGCCCUGUCCUACAACCCCAACAUCAACCCCAUGGACCGUCGCAUCCGUCAGCGAGCACACGCCCUGAACGACACGAUGCACUUCUUCAUCAGAGACGAGCUGAGCGAAGACUUUGAGCGAAAAUGUGAGGACAUCAAAGCGUCGCGCGUCAGGAGAGCCUCUUCCUGUGGCACCGAGACCGACCCGGACUGCGACCACAGAAACAGCUCCGGACCUCCACAGCUUAACGACGGGCAGACGCUCGACGAGGAAACGCCGCUGGUCGUCGAUCGCAGCAAACUGAGGAACGUCCUCAGCAGAGCCGUGAAGAGAACGGAGGGCUGUGAGGUGGAGCCGCUGGAGAAGCUCCACGCUCAGCUGUCUCAGUGCGUCUACCGACUCCGCAACAACCGCAACAAGAACAAACUUGUUCAGGAAAUGGAGAAAGUAAUCGACAGCUUCCCUGGAUCUCCCACGUCAGAUCUCUCUAAAUAA